CGUCUUCCAUUGUCUUCUCCUCUCUGUGAAGAGAGCUCAAUGGUCGAAGAGACGAAUCUUUCUUAGAUCGUAUGAUCUGAUUCCGAUCAGAAGAAACAAGAAGAUGGGAAUCGUGUUCACGAAGUUGUUCUCUUCCGUAUUUGGGAACAAAGAAGCUCGUAUCCUCGUCCUCGGCCUCGACAAUGCCGGAAAAACCACAAUCCUCUAUCGGCUUCAAAUGGGAGAGGUAGUCUCCACGAUUCCGACUAUUGGAUUUAACGUCGAGACAGUGCAGUACAACAAUAUCAAGUUUCAGGUCUGGGAUUUAGGUGGACAAACGAGCAUAAGGCCAUAUUGGAGAUGCUAUUUCCCAAAUACACAAGCAGUGAUUUAUGUUGUUGAUUCGAGUGAUACAGAUAGAAUCGGAGUGGCGAAAGAGGAGUUCCAUGCAAUUUUGGAGGAAGAGGAACUGAAAGGUGCAAUGGUUCUUAUAUUUGCAAACAAGCAGGAUCUACCAGGUGCACUCGACGAUGCAGCUGUGACAGAGGCCUUGGAGUUGCACAAGAUAAAGAGCCGUCAAUGGGCAAUCUUCAAAACUUGUGCUGUGAAAGGGGAAGGACUUUUCGAGGGCUUAGACUGGUUGAGUAAUACCUUGAAAUCAGGGAGUGGCUAACAUCAUCUCUCACCACAAAGCAGGAGUGUGUAAUCAUCUUCCCUAGUGCUAGUUUUGCAUUCUUGGUCCACAGAGUUGAUAGCUUAUCAAUUAUAGACAAUAAUAUCUAGUUCAAUACCGACCCCCUGUGAGCAUUUGUAACUCGAUACUAACCCAUAAGGAUUACUAAAAUACACCUUAUUUCCUUCUUGUUCUGCAGUUCUGCUUUCUCUCUCUAAACUUGAGUCACUUUGUAUUAUCAUUUCCCAACUAAUGUUUUCUUAUA